CGUGACCCGUGUCACUUCCUGCUGUGUCUGUGCUGCUGUCUGUGGGGAAACAGGUCGACGUCCAGCCACGGGAGAAUCGCACUCUGCGGCCUGUGAAGCCCCCCGACUGAGCGAUGGCCUCUCCGGUGUCGGUCAUUAACUCCAACGCCCUGGACGCUCACAUCCCCACUACUCCCAGGGAAUCCCUGAAGAUGGAGCUGCUGGCCGAUGUGUCGCUGCUUGCCGGAGAAGACAGGAUCAUCGAUAAAGAGGUCAUCUACGUGUGUCCGUUCAACGGAGCGGUGAAAGGAAAAGUUCUGAUCACCAACUACAGACUCUACUUCAGGAGCUCGGAUACUGAUGCGACGGUGACGCUGGACGUUCCUCUGGGUGCCAUCAGUCGGGUGGAGAAGAUGGGCGGUGCUUCAAGCAGAGGGGAGAAUUCCUACGGCCUCGACAUCACCUGCAAGGACAUGAGGAACCUGCGGUUCGCCCUGAAGCAGGAAGGCCACAGCAGGAGGGACAUCUUCGAUCUGCUCUCCAGAUACGCUUUCCCACUCUCCUCCGGUCUGCCUCUCUUUGCCUUCGUGACCCAGGAGAAGUACGCCGAGAGCGGCUGGAGUGUCUACAAAGCUCUGGAGGAGUUCAGACGGCAGGGAUUACCUAAUAACAAGUGGCGCAUUUCCUUCGCCAAUGCGAACUACGACCUGUGCGACACCUACCCCACGGUGCUGGUCGUUCCCUUCCAGAGCCAGGAAGAGGACCUGAAACGGGUGUCCGCCUUCCGGUCCCGGGGACGCAUCCCGGUUCUGUCCUGGAUCCACCGGGAGAACAAGGCCGUGAUCACUCGCUGCAGUCAGCCUCUCGUCGGCAUGUCGGGCAAACGGAACAAGGACGACGAGCGCUACCUGGACCAGAUCCGGGAGGCCAACGACACCACCAAGCUCACCAUAUUCGACGCCCGACCCAGCGUCAACGCCGUGGCCAACAAGGCCACCGGAGGGGGCUACGAGGGCGACGAGUACCAGAACGCAGAGCUCAUCUUCCUGGACAUCCAGAACAUCCACGUCAUGAGGGAGUCCCUGAAGAAGCUCAAAGACAUCGUCUAUCCCAACGUGGAGGAGUCGCACUGGCUGUCCAGCCUGGAGUCCACGCACUGGCUGGAGCACGUCAAGCUGGUGCUGUCGGGAGCCAUCCAGGUAGCGGACAGGGUGUCCAGUGGGAAGUCGGUGGUGGUGCACUGCAGUGACGGCUGGGAUCGAACCGCUCAGCUCACCUCCCUGGCCAUGCUGAUGCUGGACUGCCAUUACCGCACCCUCCGAGGCUUCCAGGUGCUGAUCGAGAAGGAAUGGAUCAGCUUUGGACACAAGUUUGCCUCAAGGAUAGGACACGGUGAUAAAAACCAUGCGGAUCAGGACCGCUCGCCCAUCUUUGUCCAGUUCAUCGACUGCGUGUGGCAGAUGACCCGACAGUUCCCCACAGCCUUCGAGUUCAACGAGCACCUGCUGCUCACCAUCCUGGACCACCUCUACAGCUGCCGCUUCGGCACCUUCCUCUACAACUGCGAGAGCGUACGAGACCAACACGAGGUGAAGUCCAGGACGGUGUCCCUGUGGUCUCUGGUCAACAGCAAGACGGACAUUUACCUGAACCCCUUCUACACGCCGGAGUCCGGGCGGGUCCUCUACCCCGUGGCCAGCAUGCGCCACCUGGAGCUGUGGGUGACGUACUACAUCCGCUGGAACCCGCGCAUCCGACACCAGCAGCAGAGUCCGGUGGAGCAGCGCUACAAGGAGCUGCUGGCGCUCAGAGACGAGUGCCUGAAGAAGCUGGAGCAGCUGCAGCUGUCCGACUCCUCCUCGCCGUCGGAGCAGCUCACACACCUACACACUCCUUUCUGAGGGCUAUCCACACACGCACACGCACGCGCGCACAGGCACACACACACACACACACACGUACUUGUUGACUUGCACUUCUGUCCACAUGCAGGGAAUGAAUUAGUCUUGUGCAGUCUAACUGUGGAUAACACAGAAUGCUAAUAAGAUGUAGAAUCCAGGCUAACUCUGACACCACAGCGGUGGUGAUGGUGAUUUAUGCAAUACGUCACAGCACAGCCUUGUUCCAGACUUUUACACACACACACACACACACACACACACACACACACACACACACACACACUGGUCGUACAGCCAAGCCUUAAAGACACACACAGGACACAGGGUGGCAUCACACUCAUCCCCACCAGUGUGUGUGUGUGUGUGUGUGUGUGUGUGUGUACAGCUCGCACCACUUCAGACGGAUGAUUCCACUUUGCAGCAGAAGGUGGCGCCGCUGCCUCCCGGAGCGCCGCGGUGGAUCAGUCCGACACGCUGCACCUUUAAAGACCUUGUAACAGCCAGUAAGCGCUCAGUUCGCCAGCAGAGCGCUGCGGUCUGCUCCAUCCAUACGAGGACUGUCAUGUUCACUAUCUCCACUUCACAUCAGCAGACUGCGUUAUUUCCACACAUGCAGGCUUAUUUAUUAUCGGCUGCAGGUUUCUUUGUUUUUCAAUGCUCCUCCUUAAAGGAUCGAUUUAUUAGUUUUAUUCCAUUAAAUAUCUCCUUGCACCAUUGGAAAGUUAACACAGUGAACAAGGCCAAAAUUCUGACAUUUUUGGUUGUUACGGCGCUGAGAUGAAAAGGCCAGUUUGUGUAAACGGUCUCAGAUGUCAGGGAGCUUCGGCCACCCGUGUCCUGUGUGAACCCGUCGUCCUCGCUCUGCUGCCUCCGAGCUGGGACCGGCUGGAGGCUCUGGGCACCAGGACGUCGCUCUCCUUAACUUUUAGUGUGUAUAAUCGGGUGUGUCAGUUUUAAAUGGUUUGAUGUGGAAUUUGUUGCUCGGAAUGAAGCUAGCCUCGGCUACAAGCUCUGCUCACCUCAGCAGUAUUGAUCAGCUCCUCCUCAGUGUCAGUAUGCUCCAGCCCACAGGUCUGAAACCACAUGAAGCUCUACAGCCCCUCUAUAGCGUCUCUUCAACUGCUCUAUAGCGACUCUUCAGCUCCUCUAUAGUGACUCUGUAGCUGCUCCAUAGCGACUCUAUAGCGACUUCACAGCUUCUCUACAUCUCCUCUAUAGCGACUCUACAUCUCCUCUAUAGUGACUCUACAUCUCUAUAGCGACUCUACAUCUCCUCUAUAGUGACUCUACAUCUCUAUAGCGACUCUACAUCUCCUCUAUAGCGACU